GCGCGCGCGGCGGGGAGGAAGCGGCGAGCUCCGCCGCCCGCACGUGGGCUGUGUUUAGCCAUGGAAGGGCCCCCGCAUUCCGACCGUGGAACGGAAUCGGGUCCCAAGGUCCCCAGCUGCAGCCUGAGGCACUUUGCUUGCGAACAGAAUUUGCUCUCCCGGCCUGAUGGCUCAGCUUCUUUUCUCCAAGGAGAUACCUCAGUUCUGGCAGGUGUGUACGGGCCAGCAGAGGUGAAGGUGAACAAGGAGAUCUUUAACAAGGCCACCCUCGAAGUGAUCCUGAGGCCAAAGAUCGGGCUGCCUGGUGUGGCUGAGAAGAGCCGGGAGCGGAUGAUCAGGAACACAUGCGAGGCGGCAGUCCUGGGGGCCCUGCAUCCCCGUACCUCCAUCACUGUUGUCUUGCAGGUUGUCAGUGAUGCUGGCUCUCUCCUGGCCUGUUGCCUGAAUGCUGCCUGCAUGGCACUGGUGGAUGCAGGUGUGCCCAUGAAAGCUCUUUUCUGCGGCAUCACCUGUGCCUUGGACUCUGAUGGGACCAUCACGCUGGACCCCACAGACAAGCAAGAAAAGGAAGCCCGGGCCGUCCUGACCUUUGCCCUCGACAGUGUAGAGCAGAAGCUGUUGAUGUCCACCACCAAGGGGUUCUACUCCAAUUCUGAGCUCCAGCAGUGCCUGGCCGCUGCGCAGGCGGCCUCCCAGCAUGUUUUCCGCUUCUACCGGGAGUCACUGCAGAGGCGCUACUCCAAGAGCUGAGCUGGGGCAUGGCGUCCCCGCCCCUGCCACCCGUGCCUCCCGCCGGAAGCCCACCAGCGCCCAGCCUUGGCUCCCCAUCUGGAUGUCCAUGUGGCAUCUAUCCUGUAGCCUGCAGGGGCUCCUGUGUCCAGCCUUGGCACCUGACAGUCCUGGGCCUCUGGCCCAGAUCCUCCCCCUCUCUCUCUCUUACACAAACAAGGGUAACAUUAAAGGGAGCUUGUCCAGUUUG